AUGAAGCUCAACUCCGCCGUCACCGCGUCCCGUCGCAAGUGCCGCAAGGCUUACUUCACAGCUAACGCAGAGACCAGGGCCAAGAUGAUGUCCUCGCGCUUGUCCAAGGAGCUUCGCGCAGAGCACAAGAUCAAGACCAUGCCCAUCCGCAGGGGAGACAUCGUCGAGAUUUUCACGGGUGGCCACAAGGGAACCGGGAAGGUUGUCGAGGUGCGCCGCAGGGACUACAAGAUCUGCGUGGAGGGCAUCAACCAGAAGGCCCGCAACCCGGAGGCGAAGCCCGUUCCGUAUCCCAUCCAUCCCUCCAACUGCAUAAUAAAGGAGCUGUACAUGAACGGGAGCCGUUACAGAGCCAUCAAGCGUCGCCAGGAGCGCAACGCUGAGCGCCUUGCGAGGAUUGGUAAGUAA